AUGAAAUUUACAUUAUCUUGGUUGUUAGAAUAUUUACAAACAGAUGCUAAUUUAGAAGAGAUCACUAAGAAGUUAACUCACAUAGGGUUAGAAGUAGAAAAUGUUGUUAAUAAUUCAACGUUAGCUAAAUUUGUUGUUGCAGAAGUAUUAGAAGUUACAUCGCAUCCAAACGCUGAUAAAUUAAGAUUAUGUCAAGUGAAUGACGGAAGUAAAAUUCUGCAAAUAGUCUGUGGAGCAAAUAACGUUAGAAACAACAUGAAAACAGUGCUUGCAUCAGUAGGUAGUACACUGCCAGCAAGUAACUUCACAAUUAAACCCACAAAAAUACGUGGCGUGCUAAGUGAAGGAAUGCUCUGCUCCGCUUCCGAAUUGGCGCUCACUCAAGAGGAGAGUGAAGGAAUAAUAGAACUUUCCGAUGAUUACACAGUGGGAAGCAAGUUUUUUAAUUGUGAUACCGUAAUUGAUGUUAAUAUCACUCCAAAUCGUGGAGAUUGCUUGAGCAUCUAUGGAAUAGCUCGAGAUUUAGCUGCAACUGGAAUAGGUGAACUGAAAGCUGUAAGUAUUCCACAAAUCACUGGUUCUAUAAGCUCACCAAUCGAUGUUGAAGUAACUGAUGGAAAGAGCUUCAUCAGUGGCCGAUAUAUUGCAAAUGUACAAAAUAAACAAAGCCCAAAAUGGUUAAAAGAUAAGCUAGAAUCAAUAGGAAUGCGUUCCAUUUCUACAAUAGUUGAUAUCACUAAUUACGUUAUGAUAUCCUUUGGCCGUCCACUGCAUGCAUAUGAUGCAGAUAAAAUGGAUAAAAAACUUACA